AUGGAGUUUUCCAGACCUUCUCUGAACCUGGGAAUAACGCUCCUGAGCCUCACAGCCGCUCUUCAUAUCACCAUCAUCUGUGUUCUGGGCAGGCGACGCAUCGCUGCAUUUUACCGUCGUACCAUCCUUCCAGCCUGCCAAUGGAUUAAGCGCAAGUUGACCAAUCACCAUCCGGCAGAGGGCAUGCCGGCAGACCAACUCCCCGAGAACGCGGUCGAGCUAAUGAACAUCCACGGCAGAGACGAGGAAGCGCAACGCCCUCUUGCCACCGGUGCGAACCCAGCACUUCCACAGCUCGCUUACCAUGCACCUGGUGGAAUUCCUGCUUUUGUACCGACCAGUUCGUGUGGAGGAUUAUUCGGGCUAUGCAGCCACAAUUCACCCAGUUCUUCUGACUCUGCGGUCUCUGACCGCGAUUACGACAGUGAUUGGUCCAAUCCAGUUGCAGAGGAUGUGAGGCUCCAGCCAGUCACCAAUGUGGACGACAUCCGAGUCGGGCAAGCUGAGAUGGAAGGAGAUAUCUUCUGGGUUGAGUCUGAGGGUACCCGGGGAGGGUUGGCCUGGCUGGAUGACAUUGUUGAAUGGGUAGCUGAGGGGGUCUUUCGUGUGGUUGCUCCCGAGAUCAUGCAGCGGGGUUGA